CCGGGUUUGAAUAACGUCGGCUCAGUGAGUCAGCGAACAUCAGUGGAUAGAUGCGCUUGUUACCUGACACUGCUCCUGCUGAUAUCUAGGAGAAUUCCAUAUCUACUGUCGCAAACAAUGAGCCUCAUUGGAGUUGAAUGAGACAGUUGUCUGUCCAGUUCGCGAGAGCGCUAGCCAGAGCCUCCCUGACGAUUUGAAGGGCAGAGGUAUCACACUGAUACAAUGGUCCACCUUCCGCUUUUCAAACUCGCUUCACUUUUUGUGCGGCAUAUCUCCAAAUAUGGCGCGAACCAAAUCAAGCACCAGGCGCACGAACACGCGAGAUUCAGGGGUUUUGCGGCCAAAUACGGGCAGAUGAUACACCAACUGAACAUGCGGCUGUCUGUUGCGACGCUGCGGAACACCGAGGCGGAAAUAAAAGCCAAGGAAAAGGCUGAGGCACCGACCGUCAAGACAAAGGAGCAGAUAGACAGGGAAGAGGAGUUGAGGGCAAAGUACGGAACGACGGCGAAGGAAUCACACCCGACAAUAGCAGCUCCAAGGAGCAUAUGGCGGAGGAGGUUCAGGCCGCUGCCGGAAGCCAAGGCUGUGGACCUUUUCGCAGACGUUAUUGGCGAUGCCUUCAUCCUGAUUGUCGCAGGCGGGCUCGUCAUCUUUGAGUACCAGCGAUCGUCACAAAAACCAGAUGCGAACCUGGAGAGGAUAAGAGAACUCAACGAAGUUCUUGACGAUCUCAAGAGGAGGGAGGACGAGCUCGAGGAGGCUGAGAAGCGGCAACGAAGUCGCCUCGAGGCCAUCGAGGUCGCCCUGCGGGCUUUCCAUGAUCCCAAGACCAAAAAGCCACUGCUUCCCACCCCAUCCUCCUAAGUACGUGCCCCGAUUUCUGCGAGAGCUGUUGUUUCUAUUGGCUCUCGUACAGAAUCCGUGGCACUUGCUUUUGGUUGAUGGAGAGUGCGGGUCGAAAAACGGCCAAGCAUUGGUGUG